AUGUUGGAAUUGAUUUAUUCAAUUGCGAGCCAUCAGGUAAUCGCGCAAUCUUCAAACUAUGAGAAAAUAUACUAUUAUCAAAAACUCGCCGAUUCAUGCCAUCGGAAAGCACUCUUUAUCUUCGACAAAGCCGCGACAGACAUCAGCAUAGGCACCCUGGAAACAGUCACCCUCGCCGCGUUACAUAGUCUACUUUCCCCACAAACGGGGAAUAUUGGACAGCUAAUCGGAUUAGCCGCUCGAUUGGCUAUUGACUUGGGAGCUGUUGAUAGGCCGCACAUUAACUCGAAUGAGGAGAACAAGAUCGAGCAGAUUUACAAGUCGGUUUACUGCCUCGAGAACCAGUACGCUACAGCCUUGGAUCGCCCAGGCCUUCUGCCCCCACCUGUGAUAGAUCCUGAGUCCCGGAUAUCUCAAGAUAUUCUCUGUCUUAUAUAUCAAAUCCAGUCUCGCUUCCGGUCACACAGGGGCAAUGUCGAUUCCACACCACUUCUACAAGAGCUUGACGGGUAUUUCUCCACUAUCGAGCAAAUGUCGAUCCGAUCAAGGGGUAGCAUUCUUGCAACCGUCUACGAGACACGGCUAUUGAUUCAGCCGGACGAUGAGGAGAGUGCGGUCUGCCUUCUUGACAUAUAUUCUCAAAGAUUCUACAUCCGAACCGCGUUGAGCCCUUCAUGGGCAUAUCGGGCAGGUUUGGUUGUUAUCUCCCGGGCGGCUCACCUGCACCCGGACGCAAUUCAAAACUGUGGGGGUGGUCUACGUAAAAGAUAUCAGGCCUACGGAAAUUGUUUAUUGUUCUUGGAGCAGUGCUCGCGCAGAUGGCCCAGCGCCAAUGCAUUGAGGAUGUCGCUUCAAGAAGUAUUUUCUAGAGCCUCAGGGGUGCAGUAG